AUGGAGGGCGUCGCUGCACUGAUAAGGGCCCUGCCCAGCAGCUACGCCCUCAUGGGCCUAGCUGCUAUUGUUUUUUACUGUCUAUACCAGUCAACCAUGGUGACGGAUAUUCCGUACAUCAAAGGCUUGCCCGAAAUCCCAGGAGCCGUUCCAAUAUUCGGCCAUCUUCGGAAAUUGGGUGACGACCACGCAAGUGUUUGUGAGCGCUGGUGGCGACAGUACGGUCAUUCGGUCUUCCAGAUCAAGCUCGGUAAUACGCGGGCGGUCGUUUUCAACUCCUUCGAAGACUGUCGCACCGUGUUAUUAGGCCAUCAAAAUGCAAUCAUCGAUCGGCCGAAGCUGUAUACAUUUCACGGUGUUAUCAGCAGUACUCAAGGAUUCACCAUUGGCUCAUCUCCCUGGGACGAUUCCUGUAAGAGAAAGCGCAAGGCAGCUGGUACGGCAUUGGGCAGGCCAGCUUUGAGGAAUUACCAUCCCAUGUUCGAUUUGGAAAGCUAUUGCAUCGUCCGAGAUCUUUUUCGCGACAGUAAAAAUGGCCAAGUGGAACUCAAUAUUCGCCCAUACAUUCAAAGAUACGCCCUCAAUACGACCUUGACUCUAUGCUACGGUAUUCGCAUGGACGAAGUCUAUGAUGACCUUCUCCGGGAAAUCCUUCAUGUGGGAUCAGCGAUAUCCUUGCUGCGAAGUGCGUCGGAGAAUCUGCAGGACUAUAUUCCCAUUUUACGUUAUGCGCCGAAUAAUGAAAAGACCGCUCGAUCCAAGGAGCUUAGGGAGCGUCGAGACGCUUACCUCAAUCUCCUCUUGAACAAAGUUCGCGAUAUGAUCAAGAAGGGAACAGAUAAGCCAUGUAUUUCUGCUGCCAUUCUCAAAGAUGAAGAGACUAAGCUUAGUGGCGUGGAGGUCUCCUCUAUCUGUCUUUCGCUGGUGUCUGGUGGAUUUGAAACAAUCCCUGGGACACUAACUUCAGUCAUCGGUUCAUUGUCCACCCCAGAAGGUCAAGUCUGGCAAGACAGAGCAUAUGAGGAUAUAAAAAGAUACUACCCAGAUACAGAAGACGCCUGGCUAGCAUCUAUCCAUGAGGAGAAGGUCCCUUAUGUGAACGCCAUCGUCAAAGAGGCGGGGCGGUACUAUACAGUCAGCUCCAUGAGUUUACCCCGGAAAACUGCGACAGAAGUGAACUGGAACGGAGCCAUCAUUCCUGCAAAAACAAUGGUCUUGAUAAAUGCGCAAGCGGGUAACCACGACGUUGACCACUUUGGACCUGAUGCAGGCAAAUUCGAUCCUGAGCGAUGGCUGAAAUUCGUCGACCCUCCCUGUGAGAAGGAGAUUCAAGGACUACCGCAUCUGAGCUUUGGAGCCGGAUCUCGUGCUUGUUCGGGGCAAGUCAUCGCAAUCAGGCUGCUAUACACGGCACUGGUGCGCAUUCUCUCGUCGUAUAAGAUUGUGGCCAGUGCAGAUCAACCUCCGAACACUGACUACGUCGAGUACAACCAAUUCAAGACAGCUCUAGUGGCUAUUCCGAGGGAUUUCAAGGUCAGAUUAAUUCCGCGGGAUGAUGUAUUGACUCGACAGUGCUUGGAGGCGGCUGAAUUGAGGACUAAGGAGCACUACAGGGAGUGA